CGGGCUCCCGGCAGUCCCCGCGGCCCGGAGUCCAUCCCCGCCUCCUCCGGCCCGGCUGGGCCGACGAGUCCGGAGGGGCCGCCGCGGGAGGACUAGACGUUGGAAGGUACGGCGCCUCGUGCUUCAGCCCCGGCUUCCGCUCUUCCCGCCCGAAGGCCGCCGCCGAGACCUUGGCCAUGGCGUCUGGGUCGGAGUCCGUGACGUUCAGAGAGUUCUGCCCCUUGUACUCGCUCCUCAACGCCAUCCCCACCAAGAUCCAGAAGGGCUUCCGCUCCGUGCUGGUCUACCUCACGGCCCUCGACGCCAACGGGGACUACAUCGCCGUGGGCAGCAGCGUCGGGAUGCUCUACCUGUACUGCCGCCACCUCGACCGGAUGAAGAAGUACAACUGCGAGGGGAAAACGGAGUCCAUCACGGUGGUGAAGCUGCUGAGCUGCUUUGACGACCUUGUGGCUGCAGGCACGGCCUCUGGGAGGGUUGCCGUCUUUCAGCUCGUGUCGUCCUUGCCGGGGAGAAAUAAACAGCUCCGGAGAUUCGAUGUCACUGGCAUUCACAGGAAUAGCGUAACGGCCCUGGCGUGGAGCCCCAACGGAAUGAAACUGUUCUCCGGAGACGACAAAGGGAAAAUCGUCUAUUCUUCUCUGGAUCUAGACCAGGGCGCCUGUCACUCGCUCCUGGUGCUGGAGGAGCCGGCGUCCAUCGUGCAGCUGGACUACAGCCAGAAGGUGCUGCUGGUCUCCACCCUGCAGAGAAGCCUGCUCUUCUACACUGAGGAGAAGUCCGUCCAGCAGGUCGGAACGCAGCCGAGGAAAAGCACUGGGAAAUUUGGUGCCUGUUUUAUACCAGGACUUUGUAAGCAAAGCGAUCUAACCUUGUACGCAUGCCGGCCUGGGCUCCGGCUGUGGAAGGCUGACGUCCACGGGACCGUUCAAGCCACGUUCAUCUUGAAGGAUGUCUUUGCGGGAGGAGUCAAGCCUUUCGAGCUUUACCCGCGCCUGGAAUCCUCCGACAGGGGAAGUUGCAGCUUCCCGGAGAAGCACCUGGGACUCGUCUCAUGCUUCUUUCAAGAAGGCUGGGUGUUGAGUUGGAAUGAAUACAGCAUUUACCUUCUAGACACCAUCAACCAGGCCACAAUUGCUGGAUUGGAAGGGUCAGGUGAUAUCGUGUCUGUUUCCUGCACAGAAAAUGAAAUAUUUUUCUUAAAGGGAGACAGAAACAUCAUAAGAAUUUCAAGCAGGCCUGAAGGCCUGGCGUCAAUAGUGCGGGACGGUCUGGAGACGGCAGGAUGCCUGGAGCCAGCCCACGGGCAGCAUGCAGAGAAGCCGCCGGGGGCCACGCUUUCCGAGACGAGGCUGAGAGGCUCCUCCGUGGCCAGCUCUGUGGCCAGCGAGCCCAGGAGCCGGAGCAGCUCGCUCAACUCCACCGACAGCGGCUCCGGGCUCCAGGCGCCCGAGCUGGGCAAGGGCAGCCAGCUCAGCGCCAAGAGGUUCAGUGUGAUCAGCUCCGAAGACUUCGCCCAGGAGCUCGUCGUGAAGCCUCUCAAGGUGAAGAGGAAGAAGCGGAAGAAGAAGCCAGAAGGCGGAGGUGGGAGUGCCUGCCCCAGUUCCCUUGAGUCGACCCCCUGCUGCGAGUGUGCUGGCAACAGCCCCCAGUCCUUGAGCACAGACCUGCUGUCUACGGCCUCGAGUCUGGGCAGCAUCGUGGAUCGGUCCAGCAGGUCUCCAGACCAGGAGAGCACCCUGAGUGGCGAGGUGAACGGUGUCCUGUCUGAAUAUAACGACCCUGAAGCGUUCAGUGUCCUGGAGGCGCCUGCCCCUGCCCCUGAUUCGGCAAGUGAAGACAGUGGCAGCAGACCUGACCCCCACACGUGACCUCGCAGGGGAGACGGAGCCUUCAGCUCGGUGGCCGAGGGGGCCGAGGGGGUCGCGGGCGGCGUCCCAGAACUCGAAGAGGAGCCCCAUCCUGCCGACCGUGGGCCGGGCCGCCCACUCUCACCCUGCCCAGAGCAGGGCCACUCUGCUGAGGUCUGCGAGGUGGGGGGCCUGGAGCCUGAGGGCCCCCAGGCCUUUUCUGAAGCCCCCCUCCUGGACUCACCCCCCGUGCCUUCCAGCCCCAGCUGGGCCCCCAGGGCUGAGCGGUGGCUUCCGGCGACCAGGGCUGACGGAGGCAGGGAAGAGCAGGGCUUCCUAGCACACGCGGGGGCCUCCGGCCACCUCGGCUCCACUCCCUGGCAUGCCGUCACUGACAGUGACACAGGCCGGAAGACAGGGGCUGAUUCCGAAGGUGACUUGGAGACUGCGGGGGGGACCGAGCCCCCGGGCCUCCGCCUGGGGGCCAGCACCCACGAGCAGCCUGCACGGGACCAGGUGGUGACGUCCAGCGACGAGGAGGACAUCUAUGCCCAGGGGCUUCCCUCCUCGUCCUCCGAGACUAGCGUGGCGGAGCUGGGCGCUGGCCGCUCCCUGCAGGACCUGAGCCGGCCCGGUCCAGAGGAUCCCGGGCUGCUCAAGUCAGAUCAGUUUGCAGAAAGCUGGAUGGGCUACUCCGGCCCCGGCCACGGCAUUCUCAGCUUGGCGGUCUCCGAGAAGUACGUCUGGUGUCUGGACUACAAAGGCGGCCUGUUCUGCAGCGCGCUGCCGGGGGCCGGGCUGCGCUGGCAGAGGUUUGAAGAUGCCGUCCAGCAGGUGGCUGUCUCCCCCUCAGGAGCCCUUCUCUGGAAGAUUGAGCAGAAAUCCAACCGCGCCUUUGCUUGUGGAAAAGUGACCAUCAAGGGGAAGCGUCACUGGUACGAAGCUCUGCCCCAGGCGGUGUUCGUGGCCCUGAGCGACGACACAGCCUGGAUCAUCAGGACAAACGGAGACCUGUACCUGCAGACAGGUCUCAGCGUGGAUCGCCCCUGCGCCAGGGCCGUAAAGAUCGACUGUCCGUACCCACUGUCCCAGGUCACAGCCCGAAACAGCGUGGUGUGGGCGCUGACGGAGCAGAGAGCGCUCCUGUACCGGGAGGGCGUGAGCAGCUUCUGCCCCGAGGGGGAGCAGUGGAAAUGUGACAUUAUCAGUGAAAGGCAAGCCUUGGAGCCCGUCUGCAUUACGCUCGGGGGCCAGCAGACGCUGUGGGCCCUGGACAUCCGGGGCAACCUGUGGUUCAGAACUGGCAUCGUGUCCAAGAAGCCCCAAGGAGACGACGACCACUGGUGGCAGGUGAGCAUCACAGACUACGUGGUAUUCGACCAGUGCAGCUUGUUCCAGACCAUAAUCCACGCCACACACUCGGUGGCCACAGCGGCCCAGGUGCCUGUCGAAAAGGUGGCGGAUAAACUGCGCAUGGCGUUUUGGUCUCAGCAGCUUCAGUGCCAGCCGAGCCUGCUCGGGGUCAACAGCAGUGGCGUCUGGAUCUCCUCUGGCAAGAACGAAUUCCACGUGGCUAAAGGAAGUCUCGUCGGCACUUACUGGAAUAACGUUGUUCCCCGUGGGACGGCCUCUGCAACAAAAUGGGCCUUUGUGCUGGCUUCCACCGCUCCCACCAAGGAAGGAAGCUCCCUGUGGCUGAGCCAGAGCAGCAAGGACCUGUACAGCAUCAGCGCCCAGCACGCCUGGUCCCGCCCGUCCACCGUGCAGCUGCCUCCCGAUGCCGAGAUGAGGGCCUACGCUGCCUGCCAAGACGCCCUGUGGGCCCUGGACAGCCUGGGCCAGGUGUUCAUCAGGACGCUGUCCAGGAGCUGCCCCACGGGCAUGCACUGGACGAGGCUGGACCUUUCCCAGCUAGGAACCGUAAGACUGACGAGCUUGUCGUGUGGAAACCAGCACGUCUGGGCCUGCGACUCCAGGGGUGGCGUUUACUUCCGUGUAGGAACGCAGCCUCUGAACCCCAGUCUGAUGCUUCCGGCCUGGAUCAUGAUCGAGCCGCCUGUCCAGCCAGCCGGGGUCACCUUGGUCAGCGUCCAUUCCAGCCCCAACGACCAGAUGCUAUGGGCCCUGGACAGCAGGUGGCACGUGCACGUCCGAGCUGGGAUCACCGAGGAGAUGCCAGUGGGCACCAACUGGGAGCAUGUGCCAGGGUUACAGGCCUGCCAGCUAGCCCUGAGCGCCAGGACUGUGUGGGCCCGCUGCCCCAACGGGGACCUUGCCCGACGGUACGGCAUCACUGACAAGAACCCAGCCGGAGACUACUGGAAGAAGAUCCCCGGAAACGUCACGUGCUUCACAGUGACCUCGUCGGAUGAGCUGUGGGCAGUGGGCCCCCCCGGCUACCUCCUCCAGCGGCUGACAAGGACUUUCAGCCCUUCCCACAGUGCCCAGAGCAGCCAUGCCGCCGGCCCGCACCCCGAGGACCUGGAGGACGAGUGGGAGGUCAUCUGAAGGCGCUGCUGGGACGGAGGAGGCCGGGCGCGUGUGGCGGACACAGUCGGUCUCUGACUCUCUCCCCCUCGGACUCGCCUCGCCAGCUCCUGUCCGGACACGUCCAGCCAGGUCGGCCGCCCCACACUUGCUUUCCUCCGCGUUUGCCUCCGUCUCGUUCCAGAGCCUCAGCCAGGCUGUAGAGCAGGGCCUCUGACCCCCGCGGGGCCGCGCCCAAGGGGCGGUGGCUGCUGCCAGUUGCAUGCACUACGGCUGCCACCGGGGGCUGCAGUCACCUUCUCCUCACUCACCGCUCCAGGUCCCACCGAGGGGACCCCACAAGGCGCCUCCCAUGGGCAGCUCACAGCAGAGCCAGGUUGGGGCUGCCCCCAGGAACCACGUUAGUAGCCACGGAGCUGAAGGUCAGCGCUGCCACCCACCGGACGAGUGCCGUGAUGGCUCGUCUCCAUCGCAGGGUCCCGCCACCCCCUCUCUGGGGUGCAGGUCCCAGCACAUGUUUGCACUGGACCUGUCGAUGGGGAACCAUGGCUGUGUCGAGGUGGGGCACCGGGACACACGUGACGCACGCACGCUGCACACACCCUCCCUGCCCGCUCCCAGGGUGGGCCGUGCCCGGUCCUGGAGAACACAGCUCCGCCGAAACAAUAAAGGCCAGUGGAUGAACCAGAACACGGACGUGUGCGCGUGUGUCCGAGGCCGGGACGGCGCAGGGAGCUGGGGUUGGACCUGGGGACCUUGGUCACGUGGGUAGCUUAGGGAGGUCCUUAGAGCUAAGGGACACUCAGCUCACGCUGCUGGUGGACGUCAUAAAAACCAGAGGGAGUUCCCGCCAUGGUGCAGGGGGCUCAGACUCCAACUGCAGGGGCUCGGGUCACUCUGGAGGUGCGGGUUAGAUCCCUGGCCUGGCGCAGGGGGUUAAAGAGCCAGUGUAGCCGCAGCUACAGCUUAGGUGGCAGCCGCGGCCUGGCUUCAGUCUCUGGCCUGGGAACUUCCAUGUGCCGAGGGUGUGACCAUUUAAGAAAAAGAAAGGAAAGAAAACCAGACACAUCCUCAGAGGAUGAAUCCAUUCAUUCUUGCCUUUUUUGUCUGUUGUAUUACAAACCUCCACGAGAUACCUCAUUUGAAAUCAAAUCUUACAAAUUUAGAAGAGAAAUGUAUUUUUGAAACCAGCGGAAGGCCUUUCGUUCCUUUGCAUGGUCUGUGCUGAGCCUGCAGGGCUCUGGGCUGUGGCCUCCAAGAGGGGGCGCCGCCCCGCGGGUGCUGGACCUGCGGGGCGGUCACAGGCGCUGCCUGCUGGCUCCGCGUGGCAGCCAGGCACCUCAGCGGGCAUGUGGGUCGACAGCCUCCCGGGCUGGAAAGGGAUGCCCACCACGGUCCCGUCAGCCCUGGGGCUCGACCUCGUCUCGCUGGCCACUGGGCACCGGGCCCCGUCCCGCCCCGAGCCCCCCGUCCCCCCUCCUGGAGGCAGCCCCCCGGAGGACUCUGGCCUCGCUGCUUUUUGUGGCCUGGCCCUGGCCCGGGGCCUCGCUGCCGGUUUUCGAAGCGAGUGUGGCCGGGCCCCGGGCCGCAGGAGAAGAUGGGCCUGUGGUCUGACGGGCCGGCGGCCGAGAGGAGGGCGCUUCCCCAGGUCCCACUGAGGACAAGAUGCUCAAAUCCCACAGCUUGCUUCACGCCUGACUCUUGCAGAAUCCUUUUCGGUUUGGUGACAGCAGAGGCCGCCCCAGGCCGGCUGUGGCUCCUCUUCCGCGUACGUCGUGCCUUGCCCGGCUCCUCUCGGUGGCAGAGCGCAUCUACACGCCUGGGACUUGAGUGCAGUUAAAGCCAAGUCUGGUUGGAUUCUUCUGCCCCGCCUGCAUCUUCAGUGCUUUGUAUGGUUUUCUUGCCGGUGCCGAUUUUCGGUUGUGCUUUGAGACAGUGCGAUGAGCCAGGCGUGGCCAAGCCCAGAGGAGUCUGCUGGGCGCGCGGACGCUCGCGAAGGCCACUGUCCCGCCGGUGCCCCCGCCUGGCCCCGCCGCCGGGAGCCUGAGUGGGCACCAUCGCAUGACCGGCUCGCCCCAGGCACCCUCCUGGGGGAGUGUCACCCCGAGGUCGCCCUGGGGAGUACUCCCAACAGGAGGCAGGGGCAGGGGCAUCUCUGGCAGAGGCCAGGACCCAGGACCAGAGGCUGGAAGCGGAAAUCGGCGCAUGGGAAAAGGUGACAUUCCUGAAGCAGGUGGACACAGAGCGUGUCCGGAAACGGCCUGAGCAGGAGUGUCAGGCUGUCGGGAGGUGGCCACGCCUGACGGAAGAUUUACAAGAAAGCCCGAAUCAGGAAGGCACGGUCGCGUCCCUGGCGGGAGACCCCCCGCAGCGCGGAGAUCCGCCCUCUCCCAAGGCCUUCCUCGGGUCACUCUGUUCGUCGAGACCCCCACUGGGGGCCUUUGGUUGGAGGGGGGCAGCGAGAGUCCCUCACAUAAUGUUCACGCCCACCACCUGUGCCAGCUGAGCUGGAGGGUCUCACACGGGCAGCUCCCCUUCUUCACCGGCAGCCAGCGGUGUGGACUCUGAGAGGUGAAGUAACCGGCUCAAGACAACACAGGGAGCGCCGGGGCCGGAACCCAGCCCUGGAGAACUCCCGCCCUGUGCCAUGUAAUGCCACCUCCCUGUCUCGGGAAAAAGAAACAGGAGAGAGCUGCCAGGCGUGAGUACAGGAGAAUGAAGUGUGGUGUGGAUGGAAGGGCCAGGGGCGUCAGGCAGCCCGGCGAGGGCCGGGGUCGGCGAGGUGGAGGCGGUAUGCGGGGUCGGGGGGCAGCUUCACAGUUGGUGUGGACCGUGACUCGGUCAUCUGGACAAAGUAAAUGUGAAAUAGAUUAAAGAAUCUUAAAACUAGGGGGCAAAAAAGAGGAUCUUAUUUCUGCAUGGCAAGCGCUCCGUAAACUCAAAAGUGAUGGGAAAUUUAGAGGAAAGUAGGUAGAGUCGAGUUCUUCAAAGUAUGAAGUUGCUGUAGAUUUAAAACCCACAUACAAUUGCAACAAGUAGGAGGAACAUCGAGGACCACGUGUGAAGCAGGUGCCUCGGGAACACGCGCCCCGGGCAGGGCGGGGGUGGAGCACGCGGGGGAGCCUCUGUGGGCACAGCCCAUCAGCAGCCUCAAAACCAUCAAACCCUUGAACUCCCGCCUCUGGAAACCCGUCCUCCAAGGGAAAAGACCCAGCAGAGCCUCGUUUAUAAUCAUGAAACACUCACAGCAGCUGACGUUGGCGAGCGUACCUCCAAGGAAACAGGACGUAGCUGUUCAAGAGCACGUGUGCCCUCGAGGAAACGUGUCUUGGGCUGCCUGCUACGGGGCGUGGUCUCCGCGUUCAGUCUCCCGGUGGGGUGGUGAUAAAGUGGUUUUGUAGGAGAGCACGGGAGGAGGGGAGGGCGAGGGCACAUGUACGCCCUGUUCCAACUUUGGUGGGUUUGAAAUUCUUCCUAAUUCAGGGGGCACAAGAGGGCCAGAAGACACUACCCAAGCACCUGGUCACAGUGGUUGCCUGUAGUGGAUACCUUUUUGUAUCUUCUGAAUUUGAGCCAUGUAAAUGUAUUAUUUAUUCCAAAAAUAAAUAAAAUUUACAUUUUAAA